AUGCUGUCUCAGUUGCAAAAUUCCCCAUCUACCCCAAUUCUCCUCAAUCGAGUCAUUUCUGCAAUAAUGACGCUGCUUCCUGCUCCCCGCCAGCCUUCUAACAUCGACAAGACCAUUCAGGUCCCCGCAUAUCGAACCUCACCAGGCGAUCUGGUCGACCUCGCCAUCGAAAGUAGUAUCCUACGUAUAGUCAAACGCUCAGCUGUUGGCGGAGAUGAUCCAUUCUUCGUGGCCGAUCUGGGUCAGAUCGUUCGACAACAUCGACGCUGGAUCCAGAACAUGCCUGGAAUCCGACCUUUCUAUGCGGUCAAAUGCAAUUGCGAUCCCACAUUUCUCAAGGUCCUUGCAGAUCUCGGUACAGGAUUUGAUUGUGCAUCCAUCGAGGAGAUGCGCGCAGUGCUCAAUCUCGGGGUAGAUCCGGCCCGGAUCUUGUUCGCGAAUCCAUGCAAGGCCCCUGCUGCUGUAGCCUUUGCAAGAGAAGUCGGCGUCUUACGGACGACAUUCGAUAAUAUCGAUGAAUUGGACACUAUCAAGGCUCACAUGCCAGAGGCUCAGCUCUUACUCCGUAUAUAUGCCAAUGAUGAGGGCGCCUUCAUCUGCCUAGGAGAAAAGUUUGGUGCACACCUCGAUACAACCGAAGAGCUGCUCUCACGGGCGUGGGAGCUUGGUUUGAAUGUUGUUGGUGUUAGUUUUCAUGUUGGAACCGGCGCUACUAACCCAGCAUCAUUUUGCAAUGCCAUCAAAGAUGCACGUUCGGUUUUUCUCCAGGCUGAACGACUAGGAUUCCACCCCAGGAUCCUUGAUAUUGGGGGUGGUUUCCAGGACGACUGUUUCGAGUCGAUGGCUCCAUUAAUCCGGGAUUCCAUCCGUUCCGAGUUCCCAGCAAAUACCACAAUAAUCGCAGAGCCUGGACGGUUCUAUGCGCGCAGCGUGUAUACCCUGGUGUGUCGUGUCAUUUCACGUCGGCGCCAACUUGGGAGCGCAGCGGCAUCUGGUAUUCCAGACAUGCUUUAUCAAAAUGAUGGGGUGUAUGGAAAUUUCAUGAAUGUAAUCAUGGAGAAAGAGAUCAUGGUUCCGCACCUGUUAAGAUCCAAGAAAAGCAAAGCUGCGAUCUUGCCGAAACAUAGAGCGGCUGAAGUAAACGAGAAGGGGAACGAGGCGACAUCACCAUCAGCAGCUCACCGCUAUUCGAUUUGGGGACCGACUUGUGAUAGCACAGAUUGUGUGGUGCGUGAAGUCUCCUUGGAUAGUGAGGUUAAAGUUGGAGAUUGGUUCAAGUAUAAGAACAUGGGAGCUUACACAAGUACUACUGCCACUCAGUUCAAUGGAUUCAGCAGUGCGUGCGAUGUAAUCUACGUGAACAGCGAGGCAUUGCCGGAUAUCUAG